UCAUCCCAGAAAAUUUCUAUACCUACAUGGACACAAUCUUCCCCACAGCACAGCUGCAAAUAACAGGCAGUCAUUGGACAAUGACUGAUUAAAAUUGGCCCGUAUCGGACAAAAUGCUGUCUGCAGUCAGAUACAAUGCCUGGCAAUUUGAAACUGAAUAUUAAUUUUAGAGUCAACUGAAAUAAGUUAUUUAGAGUCGAUGCAAUGUAUGGCCAGCAGCUUUUCUGGUCUUUCCUAUUCAAAUAAUUUGCAGCUUGGUCAGACAUAUGUUCAUUCUAAAAAGAUAAAUAUUUGAAGCCCUGCUGCUGAAUAUUAAGGCCGCAGGGGACACCUAUCUUUGAAUAAAUUCAUAUGAAAAAAAUUUUUUUGUAUCUGCACUGAAUUCUUGGACCCAAAAUUGUUGGAAAAGUCAAUUUUCGAGACUCCCGAAAGUGUCCCGACUAAAGCGCAAGUUCCAACCAAGAUGUGUAAUUAUGGUGCAUCACAUUCCAUGCUUUAAUUUUGUUUAUAACCUGCAAUGUUUUCAUAGAUUUUUUCUUGAGGUGAAAAAAACAUAAAAAAAGUUUUGGUAUUAAAUGUGGUAAAAUUUCGUAAGAUUUCCUUAUUUUUAUUGAUUUAGAAAUCUCUGAAGCAAGGUUUACUACCACUCCGAGCCUGUUUGUUACUUUAAAAUAAACAUUUUGUUUGCGGUCUCUGUUUCAUGUGUGCACAUGCUUUAAAUUAUGUGCUCAUCUUUUAUCCAGUUUUGAAUACCUCGUAAACCUGUCAAUAUCAGUUUUACUUCCUGCAUAUGCUUAGUGCAUAAUAAUGAGCCCGAGGUGUCCCCCGCAACCUUAUGAAGAGGAGCUGGGUUGGUCUGAAGCUGAACUGCUAUUUUUUAGCGGGGUGGGGAUGUAAAACCAAUAAACCCUAUUUGGGAAGAGUAGAAUAUUCUCCGCAGCAACACUUUUUGUAAAGUGUUCAAAACUGACAUCUACCCGUAUUCAAUUUUUUUGUCUCUACAAUUUCAGCUCUGCAUGUUCUCUCCAGUAAUUAGCAUGUUAGCAGAAAGGGCCAAAGAUGUUUCGUCACUACUUCAGUCUGAUGUUCACACUUACAUCAAUAUACUUCACUUCUUUGCAAAGCACACAGUUUUAGCUGAGGUGAUUGCUUAUUUAUUUUGUGGUAAUUUUAAGACUUAAUUUAUAUAGCAUACUCUGGGAAAUAUGUAUUUUUGCCAUUGUCAUUUUACUUCAUAGGAAAUUACCCCUUGUUUGUAAAAGCUCUAGUAUCCACAUACAAAUUCUCCAAACUAAUCUUUAUACAUUUCCUUUAAGAAUUAGUUGAGAGAAUUUGAUAAAAAAUCAAAGCAUUUUCUCUUUGGUGAUCAGUUAAUUAAUUCUCAUACCAGCAACCUUUUCUCUUGACAGUCUAUGGAUAUCGUUAGGAGAAAACUGAUGUUAGUCACUUAGUAGUUUUCCAGUUAUAUAAUAAUAUUCUCUGGCCUAUUUGGUGUAGUAAUAUUUUUUUAUGUUUUCAGAUACUUGUGUCAUCAAAGUUCUGGUUUCCCUCAAAGUCUCCCACGGGCUCUAUUUCUGGACAUGCCUUUGAAAGACAAACUCUUCUGGGGUAUUUUUUGGGCCUUACCAGUAUGUCAAGGGAUCCGAGCAAACCAUCGGUGGGUAGUCACCUUUAAUCCUCUUCAAAAUGUUUGGGACCAUUUGUAUUUCAUAUCAGUGGGGUUCUCCUCUACUCCUAAAUACUCUACACAUCUCUUUUUGGCAAUUCUGUAACUCUCACGUAUAAUCAGUGCUGGGUAUCUGUGUAAAGAUAAGUCACUGUCUCAGUGUUUGUUAUGUUAUUUAUUAUCAUCACUUCUGCAAAUCUUUAGGAAUUCUUCCAACGCCCAACUGAACCAAGUCAUGCUGAGAUACAGGCAACAAUGGCCAACUUACGCACACAUCUGGAUGAUUUAUCAGACAAACUUCACAAGGUGUGUAUAGAUUAAUCAGGAUGCAAUACAAAAAAAGUCCUAAACUUCACUUUGACAAUUUUUAACGAACAAACAGCCAAACAUAUUUUGUCAUCAGUACUUUUUAUCUAAACAGCAAACAGGGUAGCCUGAAUAUGCAGCCAGCAUUUCAAGAGAUUUCCCCAGGAAAUGAUGUCUGAGAAACAAGCACAGAAAUGCCAUACUGUCGACGCAUCACUACACAGAUCUUGGUAGGGCUUUUAAUUGGUAGUGCCACGUGGAAAAUUUGCUUCAGCCAAUCAGAAGCACCACCCAGAUCUUGGUAGUCAGGAGUCAUCGGUAGAGAAUUUCUGCACUCGUUCCUCAGAUUUCAAUUGCAGGGAAACCAGAGGUGGUAUCACAGCUGUUUUCUCAAGUUAGAAGCGGGGAGCAAGAGGCCUGAUUACCUCUGAAAAUAACGCGGUUGAUUUAAAAAUGUUUGGUUGUGUUACAGGUGAUUAUGGAGAUAAUGAAACGAUCAACUUUUUCAAAGCACCAAGUUCUCUACUGGAUCGGAGCAUGCCUUCAUGGAAAUAUCAUAAGGAAGAAAGUAAGUGCUUGUAAAGUAGAUAGAAGUGCAUGUUCUACAUCCUGCAGCAGAUUGUUAUACCUCCUGCACAUUUAAACUGCAUUUUAUUGGUUGAGAACAUGUCACAUGCAGGCUUUUAGCCAAACACAGAAAACUGGCCAUCCAGAGGGCACGUUUUCCCUUAAAAUUACCAGAGAUUAAGUGAAUUUUCCUUGUAUUUAUUCCAAAAAUGGGUGUCCAUAGGAUGGCUGGACACCCGUCUGGCUAAAACCUUGGCCACAUGCCAUUGCAUCAAAACACUCAGCUGUAAUAACUGCCACAGAAAUUACACAAACAGGAUAUUUGUACUAAAUACACAUGUUCAGAUUGAUUUAUCAUUAUUGAUCUUUGCGUCCAGUGGGACAUAUGUCAUGAAUAAUUUUGCAUCUUUGGGGAUUUUUAUGCAUUUUCACUGUUAAAGGAAGGUAUCCAUCAUCUGUCCCAAGGAUUUUUGGUCUCUCUUGUAGAUCAUAGUUUAAUUUUUGUCUUAUUUUGUCACAGAUGGUUGCUCAGAUGUUUGAGUUCCUUGCCACGUCUCAAGCAGAAGAUGGAUUUUUUCUUAAUCUGAGCACUUUGCUCCUCAAAAUGUGUCAGCCAUUUAUGGAUCCUCUUUCGCCCAAGCUGUUGAAGAUCAACCCCCAGUACUGUGCCGUGCCUGUUGGCAGCGACGCCAUUGGACAGGAAUCCACUGGUUUACAUGUUGUUGGCCUGGACAGUGAAACAAGGCUGGUUGCACCACCUGAUGAAGAACAAAUCACAUUAAAGAUCACAAAAACGUUUGGAUUUGUUACAGAGUGUUUCUUCAUGACACACCAUUGUCUUAGCAUUGGUAAGUGAGCGAAGUAUCAUACCCUGCCAUUACUCUUGCCCUAAGUACUCCUCCUUGAGUAGGUGCCUUCUCCUGUAAAGUUUUAUUGUCACAGGCGUUAUUAACCCUAUCACUCCUAACAGUGACAAAAGUGAAAAUUUGCAAAAUAGUUUCAAAAUUCUUUUUGUAAAAUCUCAAACAUAAAUAGUACUAUUCAAAAGUUCUCCCAUUUGAAAGGCAAGACCAUAGGAUUUUGUCCAAGAAUUCAGAAGUUAAGGAAGAGUGAUCAUCUUACCUGAACUCUUAUUUUUACACUUAAUCUGGCUGAUUUGCAAACCCACUGGCUCAAGGCUGGGUCAGGUUGUGGGGACUACUAGCCCUGGAAACUCAAACUCAAAAGACCCUACACAUCCCAGGCACCCAACCUCUAUUCAGUGAUGCAGUUGUUUAUUGAACUUGACUAGUUUAGAAAAAUAAUGCACCUCACACUUGUGUUUGUUCUUUCAAUCUUAGGUUUGUGGACAGUUUGUGAGAAGUACAGAAAACUCAUGAAUGAGUUAGCACAGGUAGCUGAUCUUGACAAUAUUGAUCCUGCAGCUGCUGUGGCAGAAAUUUUUUUUUGCAAGCUAGAGACAUUUUUAGUUGUUACUGUUGGACUGCAAACAACACAAGAACACCAUAAGUUUUUUGGAUGUGCUAUUGUAGGUGUGUUGCAAAGGAAAAGCCAGUAAUAUAUAUUCUCACUGCAUCAGUGAGGUCAGAAGUGAAAAGAGCGGCUACCACCCAAGUUGUAUUUCUUGAUGUUAAAAUUUCUAAUAAUUAGAAAUUUUAAUGGAGAUUAUUCAUUUUGCCUCUCCAUCUUAUAGGAAAUUGGCAUAAUGUUACAGGUCAAAAUUAAAUUCACGUUAAAUUUUUUUAACCUAGAUUGAUUCUCAAUUUCCUUUGUCUCUUGACCUUAAUAAUUACGGUUAGGAAACAAAGGAAAUAGAGAAUUUUAGAAAAUAUUAAACUGAAUUUAAUUUUAGCCCAUAACAUUAUAUACAAAGAGAAUACUGGUAAGUAGAUUGAGUAUGAUCGUCCGGGUGAAUGUAGUCCAGAAUAGGACUGUUGUUGACAGCGACUGCAUGAUGUUUUAACAACCUGUGCGGUAGUCCUCUUCAGAGAGAUGGUAAGAGAAUAUUUUUUUUUGUUUUCAGUUACAGCAGAUGUACCAAACUGAAGGAAUGUUGAAUGAGAGGCAUAAAGUUCAGUUUGAGAACAGCAUCAUUAAACAGCUGUCUCUGAAGGUACCACUGAUAUCAGCUUAAUUAUACCUCUUAAUUUCUUCUUUUUCAUUUUACAGUCAAUCUAAUGGGGGCUCAUUAAUUUAGCCGUUAUAUCUUUAGUUUUUGUGUUUGUAUGGUCAUGGGAAAACCUGGAAAGUCAUUUAAUUCAGUCAGGCUCUUAGAAAGUCAUUAAAAAUGAUUAUAUUCAUUGAACAAAAUCGUUAAUACAGUGCACCGUUUCAUCAUAAAAAGAGGGCAAAAAAUAAUUAACUGCAAAACAAGUAAUAAUUAUGAAAAGCUGAGGUAACAUAAAUUUAGUGUGAAAAUAAAAACCUUAGGAUACAUGAGUGCAUCUUUUUAUGCUCAUGGGUACAAGUAGGCAAAUAUGUUUGCAAUGUAUUUAUAUAAAUGUCAACCAUGAUUUCCCAGAUCUAUGGCACUGAUACCAUUUUUCCUUGGUGAGAGGCAAUCUACAGGGACACAUCGCUGCGGGUACAGAUAAUUUUGCUGUACCCAUUGACAAAGACGGUGUAUCUUAAACUCUCUAAUGUGACAUAUUUUGUGUUUCAACAGACACAUCUUCUUAAUCCAACACUGAUUGAUCUGGUACUGCAGUUUUACAUAGCAACUGCAUCAUGGCUGAACCAACUAGCACUGGCUGGCGACAACUUUGAGGAAAUGACUUCUUUUAAAGAAGUGGAAAUCCCUCUUCCAACUGAGGUGUGGAUAAUUUAUCUUGUUCAUGCUUUUUUUACUUAUAGUUACUUUGUUUGUUUGUUUUGUUAUUAGAAGGGGGUAUUUUUUAAAUGUAGAUAUAUUUUGGUGGACAAUCCAUUAAAUUGAUUUUUUACAUCUUAAGAAAUUUUUGUUUUCUCAUUUAGACUUAUUUUUUAGUUUUUAAGAAUGUUUUGAAAUAAGGUUUGUUAUCUAAUUGUUAGCCAUCAGCCUCUGUCCAUUAAGUUGAUACCCAUUAGUGAACGUUUUUCCAUGAGAGAAUAUUUCAUUUGUUAUUAUAAUUAUAGUAACUGUUUAAAUGAAACCAGUUGUAAUUUGAUGGUUUUUUGGGUAGCAGCUUUUUUUUUGCAAUAUUUUACCAAAAUUCACUUUCUCUUUCCUUAUAGACUCCAGCUGGAUUACUCUUUGUUCCUGAAUUCAUUGUGGAGACUAUGGCAGACUUCAUAAUUUUCCUCAGGUAAAGUAAUGCUCUUGUACGACCAAAACAAAUACUUAUCUGCAAUAUGUAUUUUGAGAAAUAAAGUGUGACAUAAAUUCUAUGGUGUUAGUAGCAGCUUUUAGGAAUGUAAUCAAUAUAUUUUCAUGCUAUCCAUACGUAUUUUAUAAAAUGUUAUCUGUAUGAAAACCAAACCUCAUUUCCAUCUGGCAUACAUUUGCCCCUUGCUAAACUAGCCUGGCACCAGGCUCUGCAGUUGGGGAAAAGGCUAAAAACCAGACUACCGCUCAGCCCUCUUCACUUGCCGAUUUUUUUUCUGCUUUUUCGUGAGCCCAAUGCGAAGCCUAGUCCCAGGCUAUUGCUAACCCUGCAUGAUGUCUCUUGUCCAGUUUGAAACUGUACAUUUUAAUGUUAUUAACAUUAUUAGCUUCUUCAGUGUUGGUUGGGGUAGUGUCAACGGGUUGAAGCUAAUUAAUUAUCGCUAACCCAUGAUCUUCUAAUGUUAUCAAAUUUAGUUUGAUUUAAUUUAGCAGUGGGAAACAGGGAUAAAGAUGGAUUGCUGAGCAUUUUGCCCAUCAAAUCUCUUUGAAUAGUUGCAUAUUGCUAAUCAAAGCUUUGCUGUUUAUUUUUGUAGGCAUUUUAGUGAAGAUACCCUGGAGAAUGCUGGACGAUCUCUGCAUCAUCUUGUAACAUUUUUUGUUAUCUAUAUGGGGUAAGUCAGCUUUUCAGUAUGAUAGGUUACAGCACAUUAUUGAUUUACAGCAGGUUUUGAAAUCUGCCCUCAUGGCUCACACAGUCUUGAAAAGUCCUUGAAUUUUAGGGGAAGUCCGUGAAAAGUCCUUGAAUUCCAUUUUUCCUUGAAAAGUCCUUAAAUUUCUAGUGGCCUGGAAAGUGUUUUUUGAUGCUUUUUGUUUGGCCAAGACAGAAUAUAAAUCAUGGCUUAGAGAAUUUAAAGGUUAUUUACAAAAAAUGCUGUAUGUUUUGUGCAAUAAUUAACUAGCACGCAAUUUUAGACAAGUGAACUGAAAAACGUAAAGAAGUUGGUGAAGCAGACAGUUCAUGCCUUAACGCCUUAUUAGAGUAGACUGAGAAUGUGCAUUUUUGUACAAUGUGUGAAAUUAUAUUCAUAGUAGGUGGCCCUUGAAAAUAUAAUGUGGUCCUUGAAGAGUCCUUGAAAAGUGGUUGCCUUUGUUUGUAUGAACCCUGGCCCUCCCCUGUUACACAAUUGACUGUGUUUCUCUCCUACCCUCCCAUCCCUGACUUUUUACGGGCUCCUGCUCCAAGCUUCGCCUGGUUCUGUGAUACACAUAUUUUUAUUUUAUCCCUUCAAACCCCAAUAUCCACAUACAAAUUCUCCAUACUGAUCUCCAUACAUUUUCUUGAAAAACUAGUGGAGAGAAUUUGUCUAAAGAUCAAAGCAUUUUCACUUAGCUGAUCAUUUUAUUGAUUCUCAUGAACUUUUCUCUUAAUUAUGUAUUGAUAUUUGUUAGGAGAAAAUUUAUAUUGAUCACUCUUGGGACCUGAAGGCUUGAGACUAACCAUUUGUUGUUCAUGUAGGAGCCCAGAGCGAGUACGUAAUCCACAUCUCAGGGCAAAACUAGCGGAAACGCUGGAAGCAUUGAUCCCAGUCAACAGGUCACAGAACUCCUCUGGACUGCUGUCACCCUCCUCAGUCAAUAUGGUUUGUAUCAGAAAUCUGGAAACUUGUGCUGGCUUUCAACCCCUCCACAAAAUUUUGCCAAGACUUCACCCCCAAUCCCUUAGCUUGCCAGCCAUUGUGUGUUUUACAAGAAGAUUAUUUGUGGUUUCUGACCAUUUCAGGGUUCUUUCUAGGAUUUAUCUUUUGGGGGAGAAGUCCCCAGUGGCCAACGGCGACAAGAUUACUAGGGGGGUCCCCGGAAAUUUUGGAAAUGAAUAUGCGCUGAGAUGCAAUCCGGUGCGUUUUGAGACAUAAUUUUGAGAAAUGUUACAGUGUGUGCACUGAACUUGUCGCAUCUGGAUGAUUUUUCCGAUAAAGUUACUUAUAUACUGUAAUAAUAACAAUUAUUUUGGGGGAGGAGCUGGGCAUUUUUGUGGGGAAGCUUCUACACCUCAAAUACCCUAAAUUAUAUGGUAAUUUGUCGUGCUCUUUUGAGUCAUAGCCACUAUAAGGAUGAGUUACUUCUCUAAGGUGUCCAGUUGAUUCACUAGAUUACUUUUACUGCAGUUCAACAGACAAAAUGCAUUCCUCCAGCACAAGAUUGCCCCAUUCUACCUCCCUCAGGCCUUGUUACAGCUCUUUGUGGACAUUGAGUUCACAGGUCAUGCUAUGCAGUUUGAGCAGAAGUUUGGUAAGUCCAACAAAUUCGCAAGUUAAGAAACGAGAAGUAGACUGGGUCGAGUUUGCUUUCGCAAAGCCUUCUGGGACUGUUGCUAGGGACGAGAAAAAAAUUGGCCAAUAGCUGAGUGGUGCGUCCCCGGUAACGAUCCCAGAAGCAAUUGCGUCACUUAUUUCGGCUCCAGGUCCCUUUUCGUCUCUAAAGUGGCAAAUUGCAUCACAUGUAGAGUUAGCAGUGGUGAUGUGAAAUCCAUGUAAAAGUAAGAAUAGGACAUUAGAAUAUGCCCAACAGAAUUUCGCUGCAGGCCUGACUGUCCUGUGGUCAAUGAAGGCCAUAUUUCACUAUAUUUAUAUCAAGUAAAUAUAGCCUUGCCCACAACCCUGAGCAAGCAACUCCCAUACUGAGCCUAUGUCACGUCGUUUUCACGGAUCGUUUUAUUUUUAGACACAUUUUAGAGCAUUUUUUCCCUCAAAAAUGGAAGCUCCGCUCUGUCCAUGAGUGCACUCGAAGCAUAGGAUAUGGAAACGGAAUUUUAAAGCCCAUUAAAAAGUGAAAAUACCGUUUUCAGGUCUGCAGAUUUUGUUAAAUGGUUUUUGGGACUUAGAAAAUAUUCUAAAUUUGCGUCAAAAUCGUUCUAAAAAGAAACUGGUCAGUACCUGGAAGUUGCUCACUCCGUGCUAUAGGCUCCUGAAAAAGGGCCAAUUGUUUUUCUUUUAUUUUAUGUAAUCAAAUGUGAUUCAUCCACUGUAUACAUGUAGCGUUACUCACCUUUUGAACAGAGGCAUAAGUGCUAAUUCUUGGUUUGCAACCAUGCUACAAGGCGGCCAUGUUGGGGGUCAAUACAAUCGAACUUUUUCUCGACAAAUUUACCUGAAAAUGGAGUUAAGUUCCCAGAAGAGAGAAAUGCUUUUGUUCUUGGCCAUCAACAUGGCCGACGUGACGUCACGUGCAAUCCAGCAAUACUCACAGGACACCCUGGCCCCGGUUGUUCAAACGUUGGAUAGCGCUAUCCACUGGAUAAAUCACCAUCCAGCGGAUAGCGUAAUUGAUUUCCGUAAUACUUAUCCGCUGGAUAUUGAUUUAUCCGGUGGAUAGCGCUAUCCGACGUUUGAACAACCGGGGCCAGAUAGUUAUCUCGUUAAUAUGUAGUAUACCUGACUGGCUACUGAUUUCUCUUUGACUUGUCAGGUUACCGCCAUCACAUGUAUUCAGUGCUGCAAUACAUGUGGAAACAAGAUAAGUACAAAGAUACUCUGAGGACAUUGGCCGAUGAGGUACAUUUUUCCCUAUACCAUGCUUCCCACUUUUGUGGUUCUGGAUUCAACCCAAAGGGCUCUCACCAGCCUCCCACUUUACUGUGGCCCCGUUCACUCUAUCGGUAUAUUUUUUUAAAGUUGUUUCCUCCGUUUUAGUCUUCCGUCCACAUGUAAACGUCGGUUCAUUCACCAAAAGCGCCGGUUUUCAAAAACGAUCCCUAUAGUGGAUAUUUUUUAAAACGCCGGUUUAUAGUUUACAUGUGGACGGACGAAAACGGAGGUGAUGUCAUACAUCGUAUACUGCUGGCAUUACGCAUGCUCUUUAAUGGAUGCUAUCCUAUCUCCAUCGUUUAAGCGUUUUCAUGGCAACCGACGAGAACGAUUCAAUUUCGCUACUUGUGGACGCGUAUUUUUAGACGGAGAUAAGAUCAUUCGGAUGCUUGUGGUCAGGGCCUGAGUUUCUCUAUUUUUGCUUUUGUUUUUAGGCAUCUAAUGUACAAAAGAACCGGAGUAAUCUCAAAAUUCCCACAUUUCUUCGCUUCCUCAACCUGCUGAUCAAUGAUUCUAUAUUUUUACUGGAUGAAGCUCUUCAGGUAUGGUAAAAUUAAGUAAUGGUCCACAUAGGAAGGAAAGAACCAAACGCAAUGAGCUCGUCGGAAUGUAAAAAGGUGUUAAGCCUAACUAUUGUCUCUACUUCACUUCUGAUGGGUUUUUCUUUUGUUAACUGGUUUUUUUGUAGGGUUAAACAUUCUCUGUGUGAAAAUGAACGUCAUUACAAAAAAGAUUGCGCCCUGUCUUGCUCGGAUCAUUACUUAAAAGAUAUUUAAAGGGGCUGUGUCACGGCAGUCCAGUUCAUUUUGUUUAAUUUUGCCAAUUACUCGCCCUCAAUCGCUAUGGAACUUAAAGUAAGCAAAGACAUUACAUGUAAAUGACAAAAUCAGAGAUGUUACUGUAGCCUGGCACCAGUCACCACAGUGGGGAAAAAAGGCGAAAAAUAAUCGGCAAGAAACGCGAGUCGGCCGAGCGAGAGUCUGGGGAGGGGAAAGGUCAAAGGUUGGCGACCUUUCCCCCUUUCCAGUCCACCGUUUUAUGCCUUUCCAACGCCCACUACGGAACCUGGUUCCAAGCUUGUGUCACUGAAGUUGACUCUAACCAGUAUAAUGAUAUUUUGUCAUGCAGUAUAUGGCUACCUUGAAGAAGCUGCAAGCAGAAAAAGACAGUGGAGAGUGGGAAAGCCUAAAUGAGCAAGCCAGGCAACAGGUGAUAAACAUGCCCUACACGUUUACGCCCUAACGAUAGGAUACAAAGGAAACGUUCACAAAGAUUUCAAAUACCUUUUUUGUAAAAUCCCAAGCAAAAAAAGACACUAUACAAAAGUUCUUUUAAAGAGGUUUGAUUUGAAUGCAACGUCGUAGGUUUUCUUUUCAACAGAUUCAAAAGUUGGAAUGACAAAUCAUCCCACCAUAACCCAGUUUCGGAAUAAAAGGGGUCAAAACACUGUAAAACUAAUCGUAGUUGACUCGUCCUCGUUCGUUUCUUCUAAUCGUCCAUUGAACGACACGGAUUUGAAUGUUGUUUUCAUCUUUCAUGGUUUUUAAAUAACUCCCACCCCAAAGCCACCAAAAACAUUUUGUUGUGUCUCGGGUAUUUCUUCAUUGUUUGCAACUGUGCUUUCCUGUUCUGAAUGUUUUGUUCGUAGAAGGAGCAAGAGCUUCAACAUACCGGUGGAAUGGCACGCAGUCACAAUAUACUGGCUAAUGAGACAGUCCGUGCGCUGAGUUACAUGACAGCUGAGAUUAAAAAGUAGGUUCUGUUCAAUGUAUUCCCUGAGGCAACGUUCAUUGUCAACUCUAGCAUUUUGUGACUGUAUAUCAAACAAGAAGGAAGUUAACUUUGUCAAAGAUUUGAGAGAAAUAGCAGCGUUGAGUUACAUGACAGCUGAGAUUAAAAAGUUAAAGAUUUGAGAGAAAUAACAGCGAUUUUCCUUGGUACCAGUCUGAAGUUACAAUCGUCGGUCAACGUUUGCCAGUAACACUCCUCUAUAACCCUCCGACCUCAUAGAUUUUGUUGUGUUGAUCUUGCAAAGAUUUCGGGAUUUUAGAGCCUCGAAUAGAAGACGUGUUGCUGGUGAAGUAUAUUCCCUCUACUGAUAUGACUGAUCAUUCCUUGUUUGGCUUUCAGACCAUUUCUUAUCGGGUGCCUCAUAAGGAGAAUGGCGGACAUGCUGAACUACUUUCUCCUGAGAUUGGUGGGACCGAAAAUGGGUGAACUCAAGGUAAUCGAAAUAAGCAAGAUAUGAUACUGAGUUUAGAUUUUGACUCCGAAAAGUUCCCAAAAUAAAAGAAAGACUUACCCGAAUCGUUAACAAUUUACCGUAAAAUUCCGAAAAUAAGCCCCUCCAUGUAUAAGCCCCUCCAAAUGUAAGUCCCCCAAACCGGUAACGCAAAAAAACCGUCCGUUAAAUCGCCCCUCCAAAUAUAAGCCCCCUGGGCGCUUGUACUUGGAAAAUUGCCCUCAAAUACAAAGUAAAACAAAGAAAAAACAGUAAAUUUACUUCCAGCUAUAAGGCUAGCUCAAUCGAUCUUGAAACGCAAAUUUCCCUCCGUAGAUAAGCCCGAGUAUAAGCCCCUCCAAAAAUAAGCCCCUCAAAAAGUACCUUUUUUCGGAAUUUUACGGUAUAUUGAUAAAAAGGAUAGCGCGACAGAGGUUUAACUGAUUUGUUGCAAAUUAAAAAUAUGACAUGUAGAGGACUUGGUGGAGAGGUUUUCCAUGAAUGAUGACACUAUAGGUUCUAAGUUGAGGACUCAGAUGGCUCGCCCACGAACGCAGACGUACUUCCGGUCGUCGCAUCUCUCCAUCCUAGUCUACAUUCGCAGGCUACCAGAUUACACGCUUUCAUAAUUAACUGUGGGAGUAAACAUGUCGAAGUUGUGAAUCUAAUAGUUUGAAAAGAGGAAGUAGUUUCCUGUAGCCGCCGCCCAUUUGUGGCCGAGACUUACUGGUUUUCCAAACCGGUUUCGUUUAAUGAGGAAUGUUCGUGCCCUGUUGAGGCUGCACACUGAAAAUUUUUGAACCCACAGUUGUCAUCGCGCAAAACGGUUAUGUAAGUUGUGUCGCAAUUGACUAAAACGAUACUGGUUAUCAAGGAAAUGCCAGCGCAUGCGUGAUAGGAAACGCAUCGGGGGCUGGCAGAGAGGUAUUCUCCUUUCCUAUCAUUUUAUCUUGCCGUGAAAGACCUGUGCUAGGAGGGAAAGGCGUACGAAAAAGGAAAGGCGAAAAUCUUUGCCAGCACAUGAUGAGAUAGAGAGUUGAUAAAGUUCCGUCGUAUCAACUGUGUCUAAAAUAAAUUUCUCUCCCACAAGAAAUAAAUACUAGGCAUCAAGUUAAAUUAGUAUCAACUUUGCCGUUAAACUGUUAUUUCCUUUUAUGUAGGUAAAGAAUUUAUCGGAGUUCCAUUUCAAGCCUCAGCAGCUGGUUUCUGACAUUGUUGACAUUUACCUUAACCUGGGUGAAGAUGAAUCCUUUUGCAAUGCAGUGGCUACAGACAAGAGAUCCUACUCUCCUAACUUAUUUAAGCAGUCGGAGCGGGUCCUAAAGUAAGUUCUUUGGCAACCUGAGAGCAGAGUCUCCUUUUGUCUUCUUGAAUGAGGAGGAGAAAAGAUGGACUUCUAAAAGUGCUUUAUUUUUUCUCCUGGCUGGUUAUGCCAUCUUAAAGCACUUUUCACACCUGUUUGGCGCGAAAUUCAGUAGUCGAAAAUUCAAACUGGUGACGUCAUGACGAUUGACCAAAUAGAACAGUGAGUGAUAUUUCACGCAGCUCCCGGCACAUCAUAUGUCAAUCAUUUUUUCCCGCGUGAAUUUAUAAUUUGACUCAAAUCCAUUCAGGCGAAACAAGUCGACCUCGAGACUUCGUCGCUCGCUCGGUCGCUGCGCGAGCGAGGUCGACUGGCAAGUCUAGAGAAAAGAGGGGUCUACCUAAGUCACGUCAAGCCUUUGAAGUCUCCGCAACCCUCACUUCUGGACUGAUCAAUCUUGUCUUCUCUCGUCAAACUGGUUUUCCGAGUACUUGCAUCGGCUUAUUGAACAACCCUUCUAUUCGGAGAAGCAAUCAUGGAGACAAGUAUAGCAUUUCUAAAUUUCGAGUCUGUCGACAAAACCUUGUAGUUUGACCAUGUAAAUGAAACGUUUCCAGCGGUACCUUCACAUGGCACUAUUUGUCUAGUUUUUAGCAUGUAGUUCUAAUUUUUGAGUCUGUGAAUGAAAUGCUAUGAUGUGACCAUUUAAAUCAAACCUCUUCAGCAGUACUUUCACUUUGUACUAUUUAUUUUAAGUGUAGUUCUAAAUUUUUAGUCUGUGUACCAAAUCCGAUGGUGUUACCAUUCAAAUGAAACCUCCUCAGUAGUACUUUCACAUGGUACUAUUUAUUUAGUAUGGAGUUCUAACGUUUGAGUCUGAGGAUGAUAUCCUAAAGUGAGACCAUUUUAACUGAAACCUCUUCAGGAGCAGUAGUGUCACUUUCUUGGUACUAUUUAUUUCUUUAGUAUUUUACAAUAUAUAUUUCAGUAUUUUUUUUUUUUGCUUCCGGGUACUUUUAAGAGCGAAUGGAGUAUGGCGUUAAAUUGCUUUUCUAUCCCAUAUUCCAGAUUAAUUGGAAGACCGUCAUCUGUAAUUUUCCGACUCAGUGAACUUGCGCACCGCGUUGAAGAGUGCGCACAAAAAGAGGAAGAGGAGGAAGAGGAGUUGCCAGAGGUAAGACCCUUUAUAAUAUCCACAUACAAAUUCUCCUGAGUGAUCUCUAUACAUCUCCUUACGGAGUCAGUUGAGAAAAUUUGACGAAAGAUCAAAACCUUCACUCUGGAUGACCAUUUAUCAAAUUCUCAUAAUAUUUCCUCUUCAUGAUGUUUUUAUACUGUCCGGAGAAUAUUGAUGUUGAUCUUUUUUUCGACUUUCUCUUCCACCGGAUAGUGCUAUCCACUUUUCGAACAACUGUAGACUGGGGACUACGAGUAGUCCCCAUUUUUCCUCAGGGAUAGUAGAGCGAGCGAAACGCAAGCGCGCGUGAAAAUCACCCCACGCGAGAAAGGCGAGAUAGCGCGGCGGUGAGAGUUCUCUCUCCCCACCCCACCGCGUCUCGCUUUUCUCGCGUGAGGUGAUUUUCACGCGCGCUCGCGUUUCGCUCACUCCAUUAUUCCUGAGGGAAAAUGGGGACUACUCGUAGUCUAGAACAACUGUGGCCGUAUUUGUUUGUUUGUUUGCUUGUUUGUUUAUUUGCUGGCAAAAUGGAGGUGACUCUUUAAAUCUGCAAUAUGGAAUAACAAAUAUUUUUUUGUUCAGCCACCAGAAGAAUUUGUUGAUCCUAUAACAAACAUGUUGAUGUCCGAUCCUGUUAUUCUCCCGACUUCAAAUAACAUUGUGGACAUGUCGACCAUUUGUCGCCAUUUAUUAAGGUUUGUAUGCUUAUCUUUUUUUCCAUUUUUAACCUUAUAGUCUCAGUUUUGAGUAACUUAACUUGUGGGUGAUCGUCAUGUCCUAGAUGUUCAUUUCAUGCGUCGUUUAGGCAUCAGUUACUAAGGCGACAGACACAUGGACUUCCACACUAACUCGUCCGUAGUCUUGCUUGUCCUUCAUAAAAAUCGCUCGUAAGAGGGAAUGGGCCAAGUGAGCUUUUCACCUCUGCUGAUGGUCUCUGCUUGUUUGUCUGUUUACACUUUUGUAAAGGGACCUUAUGACUGAUGUAAUAUCCAAACUGAAGCCGCUGAGGCUCGUUUCUCGAAAGUCCCGGUAACUUUUCGGGCCCGAAAUCAAAUGUUCAAAUCGAAAUUUAAAGAAUAAGAGCACGGGUCUUGGCUAGCAAACUACUCCAUUUUGUUUCAUUAACCGAUAGUGUUGUCAUGUUAUAUGCAAAACUAUUGAAUCCUCUAUCUUCAAUGUAAACGGAGACUGCUUACCGAGCCCUUGAAUUAUCUGGACUUUCGAGAAACGGGCCCCUGGGCCGAGUUGUUUGUUAGAUGAUGAAAGCAAAACCCAGGUUAGUUACCAUGACAACUGAUUUGCCCUGUUUAUAGUUAGUCCAGGAUUAAAGUUAAUAGGGCUUCGAACAACUCGUCGGUGGGAAUUCUAAAAAUGCACUGAAGAUCAACGAAAACACGUGGCAAAUUCCCGCUCCCGAUUACGAAAUUUUUAAAUCCAGCCGAAGACUAAGGCCUAGGCAAAACGUCGAAUUUUUCAUGAGACGAACCAAACUUCGUGAGUUGAGUUCAUGCAAAGUUCGACGUCUGGCUCAGUUAAGUCCGUCUUUUUGAUUUUGGAUCGUCCAACACGUUCUAUCCGCUUGCAGAUCGUUUCCGGGACAAAUGUGUGCCGAACUAAACUAAUAGAUUAAACAAUUGUAUGAUAAUGUAUAUCAAGCCGUCGUGUGGGAAAAAAUUUAUUAAAAUUGCUUUUUGGUCAGAUUCAGUUUAUUGGUUCGACGCGUUCUAAGUUCGACGUCUGACCCAACAGACGAUCUUAACAUAAUUUAGGUGGACCCAAAUUAGAGUUUGGUUCGUCUCAUGCAAGUCUCGACGUUUGGCCUCGGCCUAACUCUAUAAACUUCGGGUUUGCAUUUUCAGCUGUCUGUGAAAACUUUUUGUCCCUUAGAGGUUUUCAUGUUUCAUAAUUUUUUGUGUUUUAUAGCGAUCAGAAGGAUCCGUUCAAUCGCAGUCCUCUGACACUAAGCAUGGUUCAGAAGCACGCAGAGUUAAAGGAAAGAAUACAACAGUGGCUAGCGGAAGUUAAAGCGCAAAAGAAAAGCUGACGCUUAUUCAAAGGAUGUAUGAUCGUCAUUGGUGCUUUAAUGUAAUAAGCUAAGCUAACACAAAUAUUAUCAAUAUAAAUAAGGUCGAUUUAAAUUUUAUUCUAGGUACAGCAAGGCAAACUUUAGCCUGCGAAAGGCAGACGUAUUUCCGGUCGUCGCUUCUUUCCCUCCGAAAAAUAACGGAGGGAUAACAGAGGGAGAGAAACGACGACC